AUGGCUCACGCCGAUGACUCUGCAAGGGCAAAUGAUAGUCCAAUAGCACGCGAGGAAUCGCAUUCAUCCGUAGAAGAUCCCUUCUCAGACAGUCAUGCCCAGUCUCGAGCAUCAAGUCGUUCAGGCUUGCCGCCUCCGAAUAAUUAUCAGAAUGAAAAAAAUACGAACAGCGAUGAAAUAGGGGUACCUGCACGGUCGCCACGACGCACCUUGAAUCAUUAUGUCCCUCCCGGCAUUUCACCCCCCAUGCAGUCAGACUCCGUACCGUCUACAUUGCCGCCGUCCCCUGGAUCAUCCCCAUCGACUCCACCCUCCGAGGUUCAUUCAUUAGCGGAUCUCGCCAGCUUCCCUCCACUGACUGUCAAUGAAACCACCUCAAAGUUUGCUGCUGAUGCUAUCGACCCGAAACUCAUAGCGAAGGGCAAAAGCAAGGUCGCCAGGCAUAAAUACAUAGCAAUAGGUUGCAUAUUCGUUGCAAACUUUAUGUUGAUCUUUUCCAGCUGGUACUGGUCCAAGUACUACUAUAUCUACCUUCCAUUCAUCUCCUUGCCUCUCGUUUUAAACAGCGUCAUGAUCUUCGAUAUUAUUGUGUGGUCGAUCAAGAACCUGAUCUUCCCGCCUAAAAAGAUCUUGCCUGAGAAUCCAGAGGAGAUGGUUUUACUUAUGCCUUGCUAUAACGAGACCUACGAGGAGUGUUCUAAGUCGCUAGACUCUCUUGUCAACCAAAUCAACAUUGGCCAUCAUAAGAAGGCAAUCAUGGUCAUCUGCGAUGGCAAGGUACGAGGACCUGGAAUGGAGAAGACGACUGGCGACUAUCUCAACCAGGAUAUAUUUGUUCAUAGGUUCGAGCGACGAAUCAUCCGCGCUGCCUAUGUUGCAUGGGAUGGACAAUCUAUGGACGUCGAAAUCACGAGAGGAAUAUACAAGGGUAUCCCAUACUUCAACAUCGUCAAGCAGCAGAAUCAAGGCAAGCGAGACAGCUUGAUUGUCAUUCGAUCGUUCGUCCACAAUUUCAAUCUCCGGCACAACCACCCCAAAGUUAUCUUCCGACCCGAAUUUUUCUUGGCUAUGACGAACUUCCUCGUUAAGGACGCAGGAAUGAAUCAUGUCGAGCUCUUAAUCGGAAUGGAUGCUGAUACAGUAUUUGCACAUGAUUGCAUCACCAAUCUAUUGGAAGAAUCUCAUUAUCCUGAUACUGUCGGUGUCUGUGGUUACGUUGCGGUAGACUUCUCGCAGAGCAAAUGGAACAUGAUGGCCAUAUACCAGUCGGCAGAAUACACGAUCGCACAAGGAUUGAGACGUCUCCAUCAGAGUCUCGUCACCAAGAAAGUCUCAUGCCUACCAGGCUGCUGUCAAUUGCUUCGUGUUUGCGACGAGACGUGCGGCGACUUCAUUCUCAUCCAGGAAUUUGGUUAUCACCCGAAGCCAACCGACGGUAUCAUCACACGUAUCCGAGCUACAGCUUCCGAGGACCGCAAUCACGUCUGCUUGAUGCUGAUGACUUAUCCUCAUGCCAAAACACGACAAGCAUUAAGGGCCAAUGCCUAUACUGACGUGCCAAGGAAUAUGUCUGUCUUCCUCAGUCAACGUCGACGCUGGACGCUCGGCGCGACGAGCAAUGAUCUCAUGCUGUUGCUGAAAUCCAACUACAAAUUCAACCUGUGGGAGCGGAUCGUAGCACUUUCUAAUGUGCUGACUUGGGUACUGAACUUCUUCGUUAUUGCGAGUUUGGCUUGUAUGAUCUUUGCAUUUUUGCAUCAACCAUUUUGGCUUAUCAUGGUUUUUGCUUCGGUCAUGAUUAUUCCACUCUUGUACUACCUUAGCCUGGUCUUCUGGUUGACAAAGACCUCCCUCCAACGGCGUCAGUUCCUCGUCGGUCUAGCCAUGUUUACUUUGCUGGGCCCCUUCCUCAACAUUAGCGUGACACUCUACGCUAUCAUCUACAUGGACAACUUUGGUUGGGGUAAGACUCGCAAGGUCAUCGAAGAAACGGAGACGGGUGAAGCCGAAGAAGCCGAUGCGCAAGCGCAACACGAUCGUUUCGAGGAGGCAGUCCUCAACAAUGAGAAGAUUGUUGGUACCUUGGUACCUGAUGAGGAGAACCAGAUGGAUCCCGAAGUCUACAUGACGCCAUUCACGGCCCCUGCUGGAAGUAGGCUCACACUCCCCAGAGCUGACAGCGAGAUCCUACAACAAAACUACAGACAGCCAGAAACCGGCCAGCAUCCUCCCAUUCAUUCUACUCACCACCCCCAAGACUUUGCUGUGGCACAGGAGCCCUGGAUAGAACAACCACCCGAGAUGCAGCAAGUACCACGAUCUGUUCCCAUCCACCCGACCCAUAUAACUCAUAUGCCUCACAUGCCUCAUAUACCACACGGGUUUGUUAGCAAUGCAACACAGACCGAAGAGGAUUAA